CGACAUGCAAGAUGCCGCUUUGGGGCUCCACGCCGGAGCGCCGCGGACGGCAAUGGCCGCCGCCAGCGACAGCGACCACUGUGCGCGCCUCCUGCAGCGCUGCCAGACGGCCGCCAACCCUGGCGCCGGGCGCGCCAUUCACGCGCGCGCCGUCAAGGCCGGACUCCUCGCCAGCGCCUACCUCUGCAACAACCUCCUGUCCUACUACGCCGGCCCCGCUGCUGGAGGCGGCGGCGGAUUCCGGGAAGCGCGCCGCCUGUUCGACGAGAUCCCCGCGGCGCAGCGGAAUGUGUUCACUUGGAACUCGUUGCUGUCGCUGUACGCUAAGUCCGGCCGCCUGGCCGACGCCCGCGCAGUGUUUGCGGAAAUGCCGGAGAGGGACCCAGUGUCGUGGACCGUCAUGGUCGUCGGGCUCAACCGCGUCGGCCGGUUCGGGGAGGCUAUAAAAAUGUUCCUGGACAUGGUCACGGAUGGGCUGUCCCCGACGCAGUUCACGCUCACGAACGUGCUCUCGUCGUGCGCUGCGACGGAGGCCCGUGGAGUUGGGAGGAAGGUUCAUUCCUUCGUCGUCAAGCUCGGACUGAGUAGCUGCGUGCCGGUGGCCAACUCGGUGCUCAACAUGUAUGGCAAGUGCGGAGAUGCUGAGACGGCAAGGGCUGUGUUUGAAAGAAUGCCGGAGCGGAGCGUUUCGAGCUGGAAUGCCAUGGUAUCACUGGACGCACAUCUGGGAAGGAUGGACCUUGCUUUAUCAUUGUUUGAGAACAUGCCAGACCGGACCAUCGUCUCAUGGAAUGCAGUCAUCGCAGGGUACAACCAGAAUGGGCUUAAUGCCAAGGCAUUGUGGUUCUUCUCGCGAAUGCUGAGCUAUUCUACCAUGGCACCAGAUGAAUUCACAAUCACCAGUGUCCUAUCAGCUUGCGCUAACCUUGGCAUGGUGAGCAUUGGAAAGCAGGUGCAUGCAUAUAUUUUGAGGAGUAGAAUGCCAUACAUUGGUCAGGUCACGAAUGCCCUCAUUUCAAUGUAUGCAAAGUCCGGCAGUGUUGAAAAUGCCAGGGGGGUCAUGCAGCAGGCAGUGAUGGCCGAUCUGAACGUUAUAUCCUUCACUGCUCUCCUGGAAGGCUAUGUUAAGCUUGGUGACAUGAAGCAUGCAAGGGAAAUGUUCGAUGUUAUGAGUAACCGAGAUGUUGUUGCCUGGACUGCGAUGAUUGUUGGCUAUGAGCAGAAUGGUCACAACGAUGAGGCCAUGGAGCUCUUCAGGUUAAUGAUUAGAAGUGGGCCAGAACCAAACAGCUAUACGGUUGCUGCUGUUCUUAGUGUCUGCGCAAGCCUGGCAUGUCUCGAGUACGGCAAGCAGAUCCACUGUAAGGCUAUCAGGUCUUUGCAGGAGCAAUCUAGCUCUGUCAGCAAUUCCAUCGUCACCAUGUACGCAAGGUCGGGCAGCUUGCCAUGGGCAAGAAGGGUGUUUGAUCGGGUCCACUGGCGCAAAGAGACGGUCACAUGGACGUCCAUGAUCGUUGCUUUAGCACAGCAUGGCCUUGGAGAAGAUGCCGUUGGCCUGUUUGAAGAAAUGCUCCGAGUUGGUGUGAAACCGGAUCGCAUUACCUUUGUCGGUGUGUUGUCAGCCUGCACUCAUGUUGGUUUUGUAGAUGAAGGGAAGAGGUACUUCCAGCAGUUGCAGGACAAGCACGGCAUUGUACCUGAAAUGAGCCAUUACGCAUGCAUGGUUGACCUCCUCGCCCGUGCCGGCCUAUUCUCUGAAGCUCAGGAAUUCAUCCAACAGAUGCCUGUGGAGCCUGAUGCAAUAGCCUGGGGAUCGCUCCUUUCAGCUUGCAGAGUGCACAAGAAUGCAGAUUUGGCAGAACUGGCCGCAGAGAAGCUGCUGUCAAUUGAUCCCGGCAACAGCGGCGCCUACUCCGCUCUCUCCAACGUGUAUUCUGCCUGUGGGAGGUGGAAUGACGCGGCGAAGAUAUGGAAGCGGAGGAAGGACAAGUCUGUGAAGAAGGAGACGGGCUUCAGCUGGACUCACAUAGGUAACAGAGUCCAUGUUUUCGGAGCCGACGAUGUCCUGCAUCCGCAGAGGGACACAGUCUACAGGACGGCUGCGAAGAUGUGGGAUGAUAUCAAGAAGGCCGGCUUCGUGCCUGACCUCCAGUCUGUCCUGCACGACGUCGACGACGAGCUCAAGGAGGAGAUGCUGAGCCGCCACAGCGAAAAGCUCGCUAUCGCCUUCGGCCUCGUCAGCACGCCGGAGAAGACAACGCUGCGGAUCAUGAAGAACCUCCGGGUGUGCAAUGACUGCCAUACAGCAAUCAAGUUCAUCUCCAAGGUUGCGGACAGGGAGAUCAUAUUGCGAGAUGCCACAAGAUUUCAUCAUUUCAAGGAUGGGUUCUGCUCGUGUAAAGAUUAUUGGUAGAAACUGGUUUACAAGGAAGGAUGAACGUUCUUGUUGUUUCAUUCUUGCAGAUGUAACCACUCUCACGAGAACAGGCGGGUCCGCGGUACAUGUCAGUAUACGCAAAACCAGACAUCCCAUAAUACUGCUA